GCCUAUGUGAAACAAUUCAAGAAGGCAGAAAAAAAAAAAAAACAAUAUGGAUCAGAGCCAUUCAAACACAAGUCAAUCAAGAUCUGCAGAUCGCAAAACGAUUGAGAAAAAUAGAAGGAUUCAGAUGAAAGCUCUUUACUCGGAACUUAACUCUCUUCUUCCUCAAACUUCUAGGGAGCCUUUAACGCUACCUGAUCAGCUAGAUGAAGCUGCAUCCUACAUCAAGAAACUACAAGUGAACGUAGAGAAAAAGAGAGAAAGGAAGAGGAAGCUUCUUGCAACCGCAGCUUUCGACAAAUUGAAUUCCAGUGGAUCUUCAUCGAUGUCUUCGAGUGUCGACAUCUCCGUGCCUAGAAGAUUGCCAAAAAUCGAGAUUCAAGAAACCGGUUCGAUUCUCCACAUCUUUCUUGUGACAAGCUUGGAACACAAGUUUAUGUUCUAUCAUGAGAUCAUUCGCGUUCUCACUGAGGAAUUAGGAACUGAGAUCUCUCAUGCUGGAUACUCAAUUGUUGAUGAUGCCGUCUUCCACACCAUUCAUAGCAAGGUGGAAGAUUGUGAUUAUGGAGCUAGGAGUAGAAUUUAUGAGAGGCUGAAGAAACUUGUGAACAGUGUUAACUAAUAUCCUCUCUAAUGUGCAUCCCUUUUCCUCUAUCUCUUUGCAGCUUUUUAUUUUAUUUCGUUUCUACUUUAUUGGUCCUUUCGAUGAAUUGCAUCUUGUACUAUGAGAGUGAUAUUUCAUAAGAUAAUUUAUACUCUAAAA